UUCAGCUUUAGUCUUUUUAGAGUUAGACCGGGUACCGGGUCUACAAAAUGUGAAACGUCUAAAAACUGUUUGGACACUUUGGAUCUUUUUAAGAGAAAUUUGCAAAAUAAUGUAGCUGUUAUAAGCUUUUUUUUUAAAUGGAAUAACAACGAUAAACAGAAAUCAUAUGAUAUAUAUAAGAUAAUAUAUAAGAUCAUUGGUGCUCAAGUAAAUGAAAAAAGAAGUGGAAGUAAAAAAAACCCGAAAAAUAACUACUUGGCUGACAGCACGUUAAAUACCCUUUUAUAAAAUAAAAAAAAAGAGUUAAAUUUUUGUAAACAUUUUUACAUUUUACGUGACGAUUAUGAUGAAGCGAUGGUAUAAUUUACAUAAUUAUUAAAAACAAAAUCUGUUAAUAUUUUUGGAGAACUUGCAAUGUCUAUACCAUUCGUAAACAUCAGUCGAUCGUUGACAACUGUCGCGAGGACCAAGCGACGUGUUGUUGUGACGGGGAUAGGAAUUGUAUCUCCAUUGGGAGUCGGGACGCGAAAUGCUUGGGAAGCACUCAUCGAUUCUAAAUGCGGAAUCACGAAGCUAAUCGAACCGGAUUACAACAAGUUACCAUGUAAAAUAGCUGCAUUGGUGCCAAAAGGAGAUGCUCCUCAUGAACUUAACAUUGACUCUCACUUUACGAAAAGUGAAUUACGCACAAUGUGUUCUGGUACUGCAUACGCCCUGAUAGCUUCAGAAGAGGCACUCUUGGAUGCGAAAUGGACACCAAAUGAUGAGAACGAUAAACGUGACACUGGAGUCUCAGUAGGAAUGGGCAUGAUAGAUUUAGUAGAUGUAUGUACAACACACGAAGCUUUGAAGAAGGGAUACAGCAAGGUCAGUCCAUAUUUCGUGCCAAGAAUAUUGACGAAUAUGGCAGCUGGUCAGAUCAGUAUCAAAUAUGGCUUUCGUGGACCGAAUCAUGCUGUGUCAACUGCGUGCGCGACAGGAGCGCAUGCUAUUGGUGAUGCAUUCCGCUUUAUUCGCGGUGGCGAGACGAGCGUGAUGGUAUGCGGUGGUGCGGAAGCGUGCAUCUGUCCAUUGGCAAUAGCUGCGUUCUGCCGUCUACGUGCACUAAGCACGUCGAGAAACGACACGCCUGAGAAAGCAGCGCGACCGUUCGAUCGGGAUCGUGACGGUUUCGUGAUGGGCGAGGGCGCCGCAAUACUGGUGCUGGAGGAGCUGAAUCACGCGCUUGCCCGGGGCGUUCCCAUCUACGCGGAGGUACUGGGCUACGGUCUGUCCGGCGACGCGUCUCACAUAACGGCACCCAGCGAGGACGGCAUCGGCGCACUACUGGCAAUGGAUCGAACGAUGAAGGACGCCGGCAUCGAAAUCUCGGAAAUAACAUUUGUAAACGCGCACGCCACAUCCACACCGUUGGGCGAUAAGGUUGAGGUGAAGGCGAUCGAGUCGUUGAUGGGAGAACACAGCAAGAAUGUGACGGUGACGAGUACCAAGGGUGCGCACGGACACUUGUUAGGUGCCGCCGGUAAUCUAGAGGCCGCUUUCACGAUUCUGGCGAUUAAAGAGAACGUGAUACCACCCACGUUAAAUCUGGACAAUCUGGACAUGGAGACUUGCUUAAACUUUGCACCGCAUACGAAGAUGAAGUGGAAUACGAUGACGACGCGUCGAACGGCUUUAAAGAAUGCCUUUGGCUUUGGUGGGACAAAUGCGUGCUUAUGCUUCGCCCAAUAUGUCGAUUGAACAGGUUUGAAAACUAUUACAAUUAUAAUAUGCUGAGAGACAGUAUUCACUGUUUUUUUCUGUUUUUUUUUUCAAAUACAAUCAAUUGAGGUAUGUAAGUACAAAAGAAUAAACCCAAGAGACAUAGACAG